CAUUACAAAAAUUGAUGAACAAUUGAUUAAUCGGCUUAAUUGCUCUUUAGUUUUGUUUAUGUUGUAGAAAAUUUUCUUCUUUUGAUUUUAAUUGUUGUCUGUUUGUAACAGUUUCACCUGUGACCUGUGGAUUGAGCGAUUAUUUCAUUGAGAAUGUCAAAAGAAUCUAAAUAUGCUAAUCUACCUUAUAUUGCUUGGGAUGAACCUGAGGUUUAUGAGACUCCUGAUUUACCCGAAGUUGAUCAAGAAUUUAAAAGAAAUGUUGAUAUUGAAUCGGUAGAUGAUUCAUCUGAAAGAAUUGAAAUAAUCAAUGUUGAUGUGAAAAAGUCAUUCGAGAAAUUCAGCUCCACCGAGUGUGGUGAUUUAAUCAGUGAACCGAUUAUUGAGACACCUUUACAACAAUAUUCAAGAUUAGACACCGAGGUAACUAAUUUGGCCCAAACAUUGGAUUAUAUUCAAAAGAAACGAGAAGGAAAAAGCCAAGAUUUUGGUGACAUUUUGGCCGAUAUAACUAAAUUAGAGGCUAAACUGCGAUCAUGUAAACUUGCAAUCGAUGGUAUCCCUUUGGAAUUACAGUUACAAUCAAGUGAUGAAGGAAAAUCAACUGAUGGCCAAGUAACUACCAGCGGGUCGAAAGCUGUUAAAAAAUUUGAACACAAUUCAUUAACCAAAUUAACUUCUCUUGAGAGUAGAAUUAAAAGAUUGGAGAAUUUAUUAGAUCAUGAUGAUGAUCAGUUAACUUGUAUCUACUAUUAUACUAAUGAAAGAAGCUUAAGUGGAGCGGUUCGCUCGAUUACCAGUAAAGUGUCCAUGUUGGAUGGUAACAAUUUAGAUCAACUUGACCAGCGAGUCUCCGCUUUAAUUCAAAAGCUUAAUCAACUUGCUGACAAGAAAAAUUUACUCGAAGAGUCUCAAAGUAAAAGCCGAAUCAAUGAGCUUUAUGAUCUGGUUACCAAAGGAGAGAAAAAUUUAUCAAUCUUAUAUGAAGUGGCCGCUCGAUUGAACAUUUUGGCCGAAGUGGAGGAAGAAGCCUUGAAUUUUAGUUCCGCUUUGACAAUGAUGGAAAGUAAAACAGAGGCAAAUGAAAAUUGCCUUCAACAAUUAAACACCGAAUUGUCAGCUUUAAAAUCAUCAUUCCAAAAUUUUGAACAAUCAAUGGAGAAACAAUUAACUGAAAUGGACAAAAGAGUCAACGCUUUGAAGUGAAAUUAGCUUUAGUCUAUUAAUUAACCUUAAAGUUUCAUCAGAAUUUGGAUUCAACAUUGAUUCUCAUCGAUUGAAAUUCGAGACACAAUCAAGUUAAUAUUUGGUGGAUCAUUUUUUCUUACCCAUUAAUAUGAUAUAACCUUUAAAAGGAUUAAAUUAAUCAAUUAUUUCACGAUAAUUAAACAACAGAGACAA